AUGUCAUCAGAAUGCCGUCAGCGGGGCGGAAGAAAUAGUGAAGCUGUGGUAGCAAUGAGAACAGUUUCACAAAACUCAAGCAACUGUGGUCGACGUACUGAUCAAACUCAAAUUACUGUACUUCUGAAUUUGGUGGUGAACCCAGAAGGACCAAAUAAGAAAGUUAAAGCCACAGUUUUAUUUGUUUCGGGAUGCCAACGCCCAUUCGUAACGGAUGAGCUGGCAGAGCAACUUUAA